UAAAAUAAAAUACUAAAAUGCAUGUACGGCGACGACGAUCAUCUCCGCGAUUUCAGAAAAAAAAGAAAAGAAAAUUAAAAAGAGUCGAUCGUACAUCUGAGCGGCAGAUGAAAGAAUCUAGCGUUUCAAUUUCCUUUUCUCAUCUCUGCAUUUCUUGAAAAUCUGCUUCUGCUUGCAGAGCUCUCGUUUCGAUCAAAACGAUGACCUGUGAAUCGCGUUUUGCAUGUAUCUUCAGCUGACGCUGGGGUGAUUUUAGUCAAACAGAUGGUGUGGUGAGGGUUUGGCACGGUUUGCACAUGAACAUGGUCACUGUUUUCUGAUCAGAUGGUGAGAAAAUGUCUUGAUUGUGAUCUACGUCUGGAUUCGUGACGUGCCGUGGUUAGGGUUGUUGCGGGUGCUUUUGGUUGGAUUCCGAUGGCGAUUGGGUAAGGACAUUUUGAAUUCAGUUUCAUCUUCUGGAAUUUGUUUUCGGCAUGGAUGGGAAUAUGCCCGGCGGGAAUAUGAUGUCUGGUCCCUACGGAGUGUUGGACCUACAUGGAUCUUUGCAUCCGCACCAGCAUACGCAGCAACACUCUCAUUCGCUUCACCAGCAGCACCUCCAAGAUGGAUUUCCUCUCUCGGUCGGGGCCCACAUCGUACACGAUAGCGAUCAACCAUUGGCGGUGGUUGUUGGGCAUCGAAGCUCCAUGGGUGGUGAUCGGGCCAAGAACUGUACGAGUGAUGAGGAUGAGCCGAGUUUUACAGAGGAUGAUGGUGGAGGGAAGGGGAAGAAGAACUCCCCAUGGCAGCGGAUGAAAUGGACGGAUCAGAUGGUGCGGCUUCUGAUCACUGUGGUUUCCUAUAUAGGUGAAGAUGCGGCCCCCGAUUGCGGGAGGAAAAGGCUCGUUUUGUUGCAGAAGAAGGGGAAGUGGAAGGCUGUGUCACGGGUCAUGGCUGCAAAGGGUUGCUAUGUUUCGCCGCAGCAGUGUGAAGACAAGUUCAACGAUCUGAACAAACGGUACAAGCGCCUAACGGAUGUUCUCGGUCGGGGCACCUCUUGCAAGGUUGUUGAGAAUCCUAACCUUUUGGACUCAAUGCCCCACCUAUCAGAGAAGGCAAAGGAUGACGUUAGGAAGAUCUUGAGCUCAAAGCAUCUGUUUUAUGAAGAGAUGUGCUCGUACCAUAAUGGAAAUCGAUUGCAUUUAUUGGAUGACCCUUCUUUGCAGCAGUGUUUGCAGUCUGUUUUGGAAGGUAGGGAUGUUCGGGAGCCGGGCAGGAUUCCAAGGGACGAGAAUGGGGGAAACGAUCAAGAUGAGGAUGAAAUUGACGAUGAGGAUGACGAAGGAGAUGAAAAUAUCAAUCUUCAUAGUGAAGAUGGAUUGGUUGGGCCAGGCCGUGUUCAGAAGCGAGUGAGGUUGCAUCCCAAUCUUGAAGAGGCAAACUUUUGGGCUGUGGCAAACUCUCAUGAAUGUAGCAAACGGCUGUGUUCCGAGAAUCAUGCGGUUGAGAUGAAUGAAAGCAUGCAGAGGCAGUGGAUAAGAAGCCGCACGUUGCAGCUGGAAGAACAAAAACUGAGCAUUCAAGCGCAAGCAAUAGAACUUGAGAGCCAGAGGUUCAAAUGGCAGAGGUUCAGUCGAAAGAAAGAGAGGGAGUUAGACAAAUUGAGGCUCGAGAAUGAACGUAUGAAGCUUGAAAAUGAGCGUAUGUUAUUGGAAUUAAGGAAAAAGGAGUUGGAAGUUGAGUAUAACAGAUCAGAUGCUUUGUUGGCUUCGGGUUCUCAUGCAAUGGAUAGGUUACAGAGGAGAGAGCAGAGCGAAAUGGAUAGGGGGGCGUGCAUCAGGUGAGUUGGUACUUUGCAAGAGCUUGUCACCUUACUUGCGUAAUGUUCCUUUUGCUUCAUAAGCUUGCACAAUGUUCCCUCCCCUCAUUUCCACAGCUUGAGAUUACUCGGUAGCUGUCUUUAAUUGUGAGUAUUAUUUGGAGCUAUAUAUAUGGAACUUUGAGUGAGAUAAUGAGUUAUUUCUCAUAAUUAUUAUUUCCUCUGCAAGAUAAGCCAGUCACAGAUGGGUCUCCAAUCAGUUGGUGGUUAUUGUGAGUAGCUGGCAUUUGCACAGUCAUAGUUCUAAGAUAUAUUAGUCUCUCUGAAAAUUGUAUUUUGAUGUAGGUUGCUAUUGUGUUGAUUCGAGUUCCUCUUCUAACUCUUGGAGUUUCUUUGUGCUGCAAAACCUUGAAAUGAUAUUGGUCAUGUUGAAAUCCUUCCGCAUGUUGUUCUUUUAGGAUCUAUUUACUUUAAAUGAAUUUCUUUGUUUUUGUUA